GAUCUCGCCAGCAUCUUACGUUUGAUGCAUGGAUAGUAUGGUGAUACAGCAGCCUGAUUUGUGAUCAUGGUGGUUGUCCUGGAUCCCUUUCUUAUAUAAAGCCGGGAUUUGAUGUCGUACUUGAUCAGUCAUUCCAGCAAUGAUUUACACAUUUCUCCUAUCUCGUUUUCUAGGAACUGCCCGCAAGCUCAUCGAUCAAUAUGAGUGCGAAUCAGCACACACAACUCGGAGAUAGGCUCUCAGGCCUUCAGCGGGCUGUCAAGAAAGCCCUCAAUCCAGUGGCAGAAUAUCCUCAUGCCCCUGGAAAUCUUGAACCUGAAGCUACACCCGAUAUCAUAGGUGCCAUCAAGUCGCUGGGGUUCAAGGAUUAUGAAACCCUGCUCGCCUUUCUGAACGCCGCUGUCCAAGGAGCUGUCGACGACAAUGAACUUUUGCUGGAACGGCUGAUCCAGCUUCUGUCAAAGCUGCCCACUAUCUCCAAGGAGCGCAAGCAAAUCACGGAUGGCCUCCUCACCCAGCUGUGGAAUAGCCUCGACCAUCCACCCGCCACAUCACUAGGCCAAGAAUUCCGCUAUCGGUCUGCCGAUGGCUCUGGGAACAAUAUCAAUCACCCCGAACUUGGGGCUGCCAACAGACCUUAUGCCAGAACUGUACCUCCCUUGACAUUUCAAAAUCCCAGCCAGCCCGACCCGUCGACAAUCUUCGAUAUGCUGAUGGCACGUGGUGACACUUUCCAACCACAUCCCCAAGGUAUCUCUAGCGUAAUGUUUUACCUCGCAACUCUCAUCAUCCAUGACUGUUUUCAGACGUCCUUCUCAGACUACAACAUCAACCAGACUUCUUCUUAUCUCGACUUGUCACCCUUAUACGGUCGGAAUGAAGUGGAGCAAAAGGCCAUGAGGACCUUCCAAAACGGUCUUCUCAAGCCGGAUUGCUUCAGUUCCAAGAGAAUUCUUGGGUUUCCUCCUGGAUGUGGCGUCUUCCUGGUCAUGUUCAACAGGUACCACAACUAUGUGGUGACACAGCUUGCCAAGAUCAACGAGAAUGGCCGUUUCAACAAGCCAGGCACGGAAGCAGGAAACGCCGCCUGGGAGAAGUACGACAAUGACCUGUUUCAGACAGGCCGUCUCAUCACUUGCGGUCUUUAUGCCAACAUCAUUCUUCACGACUAUACGAGGUCGAUUCUUGCUCUCAAUCAUGUCGACACGACGUGGAGUCUCGACCCUCGCACCAAGUCUGGCAAAAACAUGUUCAGUCAGCCAUCCCCUCGUGGUGUCGGAAACCAGGUUUCGGUUGAGUUUAAUCUUCUUUAUCGGUGGCACAGCACUGUUUCUCAACGGGAUGAGAAGUGGACCAUCGAUGAGUUCACUCGACUUCUGGACGGCAAGGACCCUGAUGAGGCGGCGUUGCCAGAGGUACUGAGGGCUCUGGCAAAGUUUGAUCGCGAUAUUCCUAGUGAACCUGAGAAACGGAAUACACUCGGCGGGCUUGUUCGCCAGGCUGACGGCACAUUCGAGGAUGAUGGCUUAGUGAAGAUACUCACCGAGUCCAUUGAGGACAUUGCCGGCUCUUUCGGUGCCAACCGGGUACCUAACGUGUUCAAGACGGUAGAGAUCUUGGGCAUCAAGCAAGCGCGUUACUGGAAUGUGGCUACCCUCAAUGAGUUCCGGGCUUUCAUGGGUCUCACCAAGCACACCACUUUUGAAGAUAUCAACCCCGACCCUGUGGUGGCCAAGAAACUGCGGGACUUGUACGACUCGCCUGACUCUGUCGAGAUGUAUCCCGGGCUGGUCAUCGAGAAAGCCAAGCCGCCUAUCUCUCCUGGAAGUGGGCUUUGCACAAACUAUACCACGAGUAAAGCAAUUUUGUCUGAUGCUGUCAGUCUCAUUCGUGGAGACCGGUUCUACACUCUGGACUACACGCCCAAGAAUCUUACAAACUGGGGCUACAACGAACCCAACUCCGACAACAAAAUCAGCCAAGGCCACGUCAUGCACAAGCUCAUCUUCCGCGCCUUCCCCAACCACUUCCAGCACAACUCCAUCUACGCCCACUACCCCUUUGUCAUCCCGGCCAAGAACAAGCAGAUCCACGACAACCUCGGGACCUCCCCCAACUACACCUGGGAUAAACCCCAACGCCACGCCUCCCCGGUCGUGAUCAGAUUUUACCAAGCAGCCAAAACGAUCCUUGCCAACAGCAUUCCCGUCUCCUCCAACCCCCCCUGGAACAGCCCCCAAACAACACCAUCCCCACCUCCCACUACUACCCCUAUAACCCUCACAGAAUCCCAAUCUGCUUCUCUGAAUCGGUUCUGCCAAGAAAAAAUAACCCAUCACCUCCAAAAGAGCAGCAUUCCUAUCGUCUGUUCUUCCCUUGCUGACACCCGCAACGAAGUCGACAUAAUCCGCGAUGUCCUCUCCCCCGUCGCGACGCAGCUCUACGCGACAAUCUUCAACCUCCCGCUUAAGACUUUGCAAAACCCUCAUGGCGUCUACAGUGAGUACGAGCUCUUCACUGUACUUGCCGCCAUCGCGGGUAGUGUGUCCCUUGAUGUGGAUGGUCGUGCCAGUGAGUUUAGAGUCAGGCAGACGGCGAAAGGGAUGGCGGGUAAGCUUGGGGGGUUGGUAGUCAAGGAGUUGAAGGACGAAAAGGGGGUGGUGGGGGGGUUGUUGGGGAGGGUGGAGGGGUUGGUUCACCGGCAUGUUGGGGCUACUGAGGAUGAGGUGGAGAUUGGGAAACUUGGGAAGGGGGUUUUGGAGGGGGUUUUGAGACGGGAGGGAGGGGAUUUGGAAAAGGUUGUUUAUGGGGGGGAGGGGGUGUUGGUUGGGGUUGCGCUUGGAGUGAUGGAGCUGGUGAGGGUUUUGGGGGAGAUUUUGGACUUCUAUUUGGGGGAGGGGAGGGGGUAUUUGGGGGAUGUGGGGAGGGCUGUGAAGGCUGGGGAUGAGGAGGGGGUGGUGAUGUAUUUGCUUGAGGGUUGGAGGUUGGGAGGCUCGGGGGCUGUGUUGAGUAGGUUGAAGGGUGAUGUUGUUGUCGCAACCGGCGGGGCAACUGCGAACUUGAAGGCUGGGGAGAGGGUGGUUGUGGAUUUGACGGCUGUGGGAAGAGAUGGCGGUGUGUUUCCAGAGCCGGAAAAAGUGAGGCUUGAUAGGGAUUUGGAGUCGUACUUGCUGCAUAAUAUCGGGGGUGGGUUGCUAGGAUCUGGCGUCAGUCGCGUGAUUUUGGUGGCUAUGUUCAAGGCGGUGGUUGGACUGGAGGGUCUAGAGAGGGCGGAUGGGACAAGAGGGCAGCUGAACGGUUCCCAAGCUGGUCCGUCUUGGAAUGGGCAGAUUCGAGGCGAGAUUGGUGAGAGUCAGAAUGGAGGGAAUGGACUGAGGACCUACAUGACGGCUGAUCAGAGGGCGUUCUCACCUAUUCCGAGCACCAUGAGGGUGAGAUAUGAGGGAUGA